AUGCGGAUCACAAUCACAGACUCAAGAGCCAUCCCCAAUGCAGGCCUGGACACAGACCACAGGCCAAUCAUCACAACGUUGACCACCAAGAAAGAAAGAAAACCAAAAAAACAUAAAAGACAGCAAGAGAGACUAAAUAUGCAUAAACUUGGAGGCGAUCAGGUGCAGGCUCAGAUCAGAAGCACGUUAAAUGACAAACUAGGCUCUAUCAACUCUACAAUACUAACCGUAGAGGAAGCUUGGGGUACCUUCAAAACAACUCUCCUGGACACAAUGAAAGAAAUCUGUGGUACCAAGAAAACAAGAGGAAAACACAGAAAAGCAACAGCCUGGUGGAACGAAGAAGUUAAAGAUGCUAUCAAGGAGAAAAAGAGACUGUAUAAUGUAUGGGUCAAGUCAAAAAACGAAGAGGACUACAUUAAAUAUAGACUUGCAAGAAGACACAGUAAGAAAGUCGUUAUAACAUCAAAAGAAAAGUCAUGGACCCAGUAUGGCGAAAAACUAAGUGAAACCUGCAAGACCUCACCGAGAGAGUUCUACAAGAAGGUAAAGACAAUGAGAACGAGAGACGAACCCUAUGUACCAACCACUGUCAUCAACGAUACUAAUGGAGAAGCUCUGCACGAAGAAAAAGAUGGGAAGAAUAUUUUCAAGAACUACUAA